CAGGAAAUGAAAGUUGUAGUAACGGGGAGGUUGUAGCUUGUCCAACGCGUCAGGGCACUGAGAUACUCUGGCGGGUGAGAGCUUGUUGGAAGUAGGGUGUUGUGGAGGCCUGGCGAAUCUGGACUACAGCAAGGUUGAUAUCUCAAUAAUGGCAGAUAUUUUCAGCUACUGUGAUUGGACCAACUUGAAGUUUAAAAUGGCUAUUCUGGCUGUUGCUUUCAACCCAUUGUUCUGGAAUAUUGUAGGUCGUUGGGAACACAGAACAAGGUCUCUCACUAGAUUGUUUGGUUCCCCUUUCACUGCAUGUUACUCUGUAGCAGUUGUCAUUCUACUGUUGAAUGUCUACAGAAGUUACAGUUUCAUGGAAGCAAUGAAGAUUCAGCCAAAACUUCAACUCCUUGACAAUCCUGCGGCUUUUUACAUGGGCUUUGGCUUUUUACUGAUAGGCACCCUCUUUGUCCUGAGCAGCUUCUUUGCACUAGGAUUCAUUGGGACAUUUUUAGGAGACUACUUUGGAGUUUUGAUGGAGGCCAAGGUGCUGACAUUUCCUUUUAAUAUAAUGGAGAACCCUAUGUAUUGGGGGAGUACACUAAACUACUUGGGCUUGGCUAUCAUGAAUGCCAGUCCAACAGGUUUCGUGCUCACCGCUUGGGUUGCAGCAGUAUACAAAGUUGCCAUUAUGUUUGAAAGGCCAUUCACAGAGGAAGUAUAUCGUCAAAAGGAAAAGACACUGAAGGACAACUGAUCAGCUAGACAUUUAUCAAGCAGACAUCUUCUUGUACAGCCAUUGGACUGCUUGUUUUAAUUCAAUUUGGAAUUGUGCAGUAACUUUUCUGAAAGAGUUCUUGUAUUUAGUAGCUAUUAAUUAUGUGAAUCUUUACAAACUAUGUCCCUUUAUAGUUCCAUAGCUGGUUAUGAAAAUGGUUUUUCAGCCUAUUCUUCAGAAGAGAUCUAAAAGAUUCCUUAUAACUUAAAAUGAGAAAGUAAUGGUGGGAAUUUCAUGUUCACAAUGGAAAAACACAACAUUAUUCAGUAUGAUGUCAUUGUAAAUGCAAAUGUAGAACAAACUAUCCAGCAUUGGCCUACAAAGACAUGAACGAGAUAUUAAUCCAAAUUUAUCAAAUUAUGUUAUUUGUAUUCACUAAAGAACUUUAAAGUAGGUCAUUUGGUAUUGUUAAGACUGAUAAUAUCGUACAGACAACUUUUCCUUCUAUGCCAAUCAUGUCAUAUUAAUUUCUGAAUGUGGUGCUGAAUUCAUACCUGCUAAUAUAAUAAAUUUCUGUUUUUUUUUUACAGUUUAUUUCUCAGCAGGGAAAUUGUAGUAAAAAUUAUCAAACUGAAUUUGUCAUUUCAAUGAAUCCAAAACCAGUGUUGCAGGGGAUGGUAAUGUGAAUCAUGACUGAUUGCAGUAUAAUAUUGUAAGAUUAAUUCACAUAAACUUGUUACUUUGUUCAACAGAACAAUAGAAAAUAUCAGACAUCUGGCAUUGUUAAUCUUUUAUUUGUAAUUUCCUGAAUUGUUAAUGCUAGAAUAUUGUGUAAGUAUGUUGAGUGUAAAACUAAUUCAAAAAGCAAAAGUUUAAUCAACAAAAGCAAAUUAUAAACAGUAUUGCAUUAAAUGUAUACUAAAUUGUAUUUCAUGGAUAAAAUAUAUUGCAUUGCAUAUAGUGUUCCAAAGUCAUAGAUAUGUCUCACAGACUGAAAACUUAGCAGUUCAAAUCUUGCUGAGGUAAUCUCUCCUGUGUUGGGAAUAGGAAUGUGACUUCCAAGUCUCUAAACAAAGGGAGAAAAAAAAUUGCUAAAAGUUCCUACUCCUGAUUACUCUCAGGAUGUAUCUGAUGGAAUCAGCUAGAAUGAUGUCAGCAAGGACUUCUGUUCAGUAAUUCCAGUAGUUUUAAAGGCCAUACUUGUUGGUCAUAGUUUUACUUGCCUUAGUCUUUGGUGUAUGUCUGUAAGUACUUAGAGCUAAUAUGAUGCCUUCUCUCUAGAAAUAUACAAAAUCAGUUCAAAACAUCAUGCAGCAAAGUUUUUUUUCAAUGGAUAAAUAAAAUUGUUUGAAAGCAUCAUUUCUAUUUGGUCCAGGUUAUUAAUACAGGAGGCUAGAUGAUCUUGCUUUAGCUGUCAAAGAUGUCAUAAAGAAAUAUUUCACAAACCAUUUUGCAGGACACUAAUGCAGAUAUUGCUCACAAGUUUAUCAAUUACUUGUAUUGCAAGUUCAAAGCAGAUCAAAAAUUAGAAUUGAAAAAAAGUUUCAGAUCUUUGUCCACUGCCAUCAUAUUGUAAAGUAUGAACAAGCAAAAAUUACCAUGACAUGAAUGAUGGAAAUUUCACCUUAACCCAGUCUCUGUAAAAUUACUUAGAAAGCACACUUGAGCCUGCCAUUGACUCACAAAUAGAGACUGUUCUUUUUGUAAUGGGAUAUGCAUUUUUCUAAUUCUUAGUUUGAAAUGAGAAAGUAAUAUGUUUUUAUUUGCCUUAUCGGUUUUAAUGUUUAUGGUUUAUUCUUUUGAACAGUAUAUCACAUUUUUGUUAUUUUUAACUUUUGGUGAAAUGUACAAUUAAGCAUUGGAUUCCAUUCCUUGUAGCUCAAUUUUCUGUGUUCCAGCUCCACUGGUAGAAUAAAAUUGCAAAAGACUAACUGGAUGUCGAAAGAUGGAAUUACAUUUGUUAUGUGGUUAAUUCUGUAAUUAUUGAACAAAAUUACUUU